AUGAAAGCUCAUCAACAGAAUCAACCACCACAACAACUCGCAGCCAACAAUAAAUUCUAUCACUCGUGGAAUGACUCGUCGAUCACUUCAAGCAAUCCAGCACUCGCCCCGCAACCACUACCACUUGCCAGCAUACCAUAUCAGAGUGUUCCUGAACAAACUCAAGCACAGGCACCCCAACAAAUUCUGCCCUACAACAGUGCGCCUUAUGAGCGCGUCGCAACCAUAAACCAACCUCAAUCCCAGGUACAGUCAGCAUCCGUGAAUAUGCUACCAUAUCACAACAGUGCUUCGGAGGUCAAUCAAGGCAGCGCCGUUGUCAAUUCACCGCAACAACCUGAGAACGUUCAAGCCCUGAAUAAGACUAGUUCAGUGCAAGCAGUCAAUCCUCAGACAUCCGACGUGUUUCCACCAGGACAACCUGGUUAUGUGCCAAUUUAUGCUGGUGACAAACAUACGAAUGAGGCAAGAAUUAAGGAUGUGCAAACCAUGGACGCACCAUUUUUCGGCAUAGCUCCUCCUCCUCAAUAA